CAUUUUUAGUAAACAGACGUGAGAGUAAAGAGGGUGGGGAACUGGUGAUGACAUUUCCCACUUUAAUCAAAGUGGAAGAAUUUUAGGAUAUCGAAUUUGUGUGUGUAAGAUGGACAGCUAUACUCCAAAUGUCACACAGCACAUAGAAGCCCUAGGGGGUUGGGUUUCUGUAGGAUAUAUUGGAGUAGUCACUUCUUCCCUUUUGCUUUGUCUCUACAUGUACAAUGUGUUCAUUUUUAUUAAGAAGAACCCAUCGUGGGCGAGAAGACACCAAGCCUGGAUUACGUCCCUUCCAAUGGCAAUCUCAUUUAUUUCAUUGGCAUCGUUUUUCGUCCCUCGAGCCACCAUUAUGUGUGAGACCAUCAAAUUCAUAUACAUGUCGUUUAUUAUGGUGCAGUUCUUUGAAACUGUAAUCGUAAUUGGCGGAGGCGAGGAGGUUCUACUAAGGGUCCAAAAUGGCAAUAAGUGGUAUGUGAUUACAUUCUCGCUCUUCUGCAAACAACUGCAGUUCAUUCAAUUCAACAUAACCAAAAAUCGGCUGCGCAUAAUUGGUGGGCUGAUCUAUCAGGCCUUCGUCUCCCAGCUGAUAUUAACAUUUAUAGUGGCCAUUCUGGAAAUCGCGGAAGUCCUGCGACGUGAUACGGGCGAUGCAAUCUUUCGGUUUUUUCUUAUUCUGAACGUGUUGAGCUCUACUCUCGGAUUGGUGUUUUUCAAUGCUCUCAAUGUUGGUCUCAGUGCUCAUCUCAACUCGAACUGGCCAAAGUUUACGAAAAAAUAUUACGCCCUAUUUUACUUCAUCUGUGUCCAAAGGGCUCAUAGCCUUUUCAUCAGCGUUUUUAAUUUGUUCAAUGUCGAGUCGCCAAUUCUUACAUGGACAACAAUCGACGCGGCGGCAUCAAUGCUUGAAGCUUUCAUUUUUGGCAUAGUCUUUUUCUUGUUCUUUAAAGUCGUCGUUGUAAAACUGGACUAGGAAAAUACUUCCAAAAAUGAUUCAUUUCUUGUUUGUACAAUCAGCCCGACAGUCAGCCACCUCCAAUUAAGGAAGCGAUGACUUGGCAUCCAAAGCCACAAAUUAAGGCGACUUUGAACAACUCAAUUGCUCAGGCAAUCGCCGUUAAUUCUGUUUAUAUUUCUUUUGAGUUAGUAUUACUUGCUAAAAAUGUUAAAUAAUAAAAAGACAAACAAAUGA